AUGGAAUCCACCAUUAUUUCUCAUCUCCUUGCACACACACAAGCUGAGGAUUUUUUGGGAUUGAUUGAUGCUUCAUCUUUGUCAUACAAAAGUGCCACAUCCUCAAAUGGGCAAAGCAUUUGUGGGUCUUGGGUCUUACAAGAGAAAUGCAAUGUCUUGGGUGAAUUUGCACUUUUCGGCAUAAUCUCCAUGACUGAGUUAUUUGCAGAUCAAAUCCGGGCUCUUAACCAGAUUAAGAAUGCCUCUGGCUUGGGGGUGCACUGCAAAGAGGAUGUGAUUGAGAUUUGUGAGAACGAGUUCAGAUGGGCAUAUUUGGACAAUCAGAAUUGUCCUUUCCUUUGGAUCCUUCACCCUAUGUUUUUGGAGAGCAGAGCAUCUCCCCUCAAGGAGGGCAAAAAAGUAAAGGUGUCUUUGGCAUUAGAAACCGAUGCCGCCUCUCCAGCUAGUGUGACAACAAGCAACAAUGAUGCCACUCCUUCUGUAUUCUCUCAUCCCCAGUGGGAUCCCAAAGGUCACUAUCAUCAUGCACUCCCAUCUCCCAACAUGCAAAGAGACUUUAAGUUCCAUGUCAACCUCCACGCUUUUGAUGACAACAGUAUAGAUGUCUCAUGCAAUGGAAUAGAAUUGAUUUUUAAGGAAGGAAUGGCAGUCAUCGGCACUGUGUCUCUGCAUUUGUACAUCCUCCUGUUUGACUACCAUGCUACAGCUGUUCUGUUGGCUGAUUGGCCUAUAGUCGGUCGGGCUGGAGCAUUGCAAGAGGAUCCUAUUGUCAUUGUGUCCAGCAGCAAAAAAUGCAUUGCUGAAGAAGAGUUGCCGGGUCUGCCCAAGCAUGGUCCCUUCUUCACUUGUAAUGGAAAGGAAGUCGCAUCUAAGGCUCUGUCUGGCAACACACAAGGUAAGCUGGACUCCAAACAGGAUACUUUGCUUGAUGUCAAAGAGCUGGUGGUCAUUGAAGAUGAAGUGAUGUGCCCAUUCAUUUCUUUGACCACAAGCAAGGCUGAUGAAGAGGAUUGGGUUGAUUUGUAG